AUAAAUACUUGUUACGUUGCGAGCGCAGACUUGCGCAAAAUUGAUGUCGUGAUUACAUACGUUUAGUUUUGAAACUUGGCGCUAUUUGCCGUGCACAGAAAAAGAUCUGCGCUUAUCCUGCUAAGCAGAUAUACAGCUGUAUUACCAGAUAAUACAGAUCUGAAGACAGAACAUGGAAGGAGCAAGUGCUUUCAAGACCCCUUGUAAACAAAGCGGAGUGAGGACUCCCAUUAGGACACCGAUAGCCAUCCCCGCGUCUCCUUUUAUGCAAAAACUUGGAUGUGGAACUGGAGUGAACGUGUAUCUAAUGAAAAGAGUUGGCAAACAGACUCACUCCCCUUGGGCCAUCAAGAAGAUCAAUAGCAGGUGUGCUAAAACAAAUCUGGAUAUUUAUCAGAAACGGCUUUCAGAGGAAGCAAAGAUUUUAAAGGGCCUGCACCACCCAAACAUUGUUGGAUUCAGAGCUUUUACCACUGCUAAGGAUGGCUCCAAGUGUCUGGCCAUGGAGUAUGGAGGAGAGCAAUCUCUGAACGAUCUGAUCGAGAAGAGAAAUGAGGAAGCGGGAGGUGCAUUCCCGGCCAAGACCAUUGAGAAGGUGGCCCUUCAUGUGGCGCUUGGGCUCCAGUAUCUUCACAAUGAGAAAAAGCUUCUACAUGGGGAUAUGAAAUCAUGCAAUGUUGUCAUCAAAGGAGACUUUGAAGCCAUCAAAAUCUGCGACGUGGGUGUCUCCCUGCAUCUGGACGAGAACAUGAAAGUCAGUGACCCCGGUGUGACCUAUGUUGGAACUGAGCCCUGGAAACCCAAAGAGGCCCUGGAAGAGGAUGGGAUCAUCACAGACAAAGCGGACAUCUUCGCUUAUGGGCUGACCCUGUGGGAGAUGAUGACCCUUUCCGUUCCUCACUUGGAGAUGCUGGAGAGUGAGGAUGAUGAUGACGACUCUUUUGACGAGGCGGACUUUGACGAGGAUUUGUAUUAUGAAAGCUUGGGAACGCGGCCGGCCCUGGACACAGAAAGCCUGGGGCCUUCCUAUCAGAGGAUGGUGGAGCUCUUCUGCCUGUGCACCAACGAAGACCCCCGCAAGCGGCCCUCCGCCGCACAGAUCGUCCAAGUGCUCCAGUCUUACCAGAAGGUGGACGACAAGAACAAUGACGUCAUCAUUAUUGAUUAAAAGAUGAUUACAGAACUGUAUACUCAGAAAGCAACUUUACAUCUUUGUAGCCUUUAGUGUUAUUUUUGUCAUUUCUUUGUCCGUCUCUUUGAAAUAAAAUAACCUUAUUUACAUUA